GAGUGUUGAAGCGAGUAGAGAGUACGUUUGAGGGUGUGCGAUACUUUCCUUUCAUCUUCUUCCGUUUGCAAUAAACCCAAAACCUAGAAUUCGGUUCAAGCAUAGGAACCAGUUUUUGUUGAUCCGUUAUGGAGGGAGCAUCAUGGAACAGUGUUUGCGUGGCACCGUUUCUGAGCAAAACCUACGACAUGGUCGAUGACCCUUCGACCGACUCGGUGGUUUCGUGGGGCGAAAAAAACAACACCUUUGUCGUGUGGAACGUUCCCCAAUUCGCCACAGACAUUUUGCCCAAACAUUUCAAGCACAACAACUUCUCCAGCUUCGUCAGGCAGUUGAAUACUUAUGGUUUUAGAAAGGUUGACCCAGAUCGUUGGGAAUUUGCAAAUGAAGGAUUUUUAAGAGGUGAAAAACAACUUCUAAAAAGUAUCAGUAGGCGGAAAUCUACUCAUGUAAAUGGUAGUCAACAACCGUCUCAAGUUCACAAGUCAUCUGUACAAUCAUGUGUUGAAGUGGGGAAAUUUGGGCUUGAGGAAGAGGUGGAAAUACUGAAAAGGGAUAAGAACAUUCUUAUGCAGGAACUUGUUAGGUUGAGACAGAAACAGCUAGUGACAGAUAACCAAUUGCAAAAUGUUGGGCAACGUGUGCAGUCAAUGGAGCAGCGUCAGCAGCAAAUGAUGUCAUUUCUGGCAAAGGCCAUGCAUAGCCCAAGCUUCUUAGCUCAAUUUGUACAGCAGCAGAAUGAGAGUAAUAGACAUAUCCCUGGGGUAAAUAAAAAGAGGAGGCUCCACAGGCAAGAAGAAGAUAGUUUAGCAACAAAGGAUCUCCAUGAUUCUCUUGAUGGACAUAUUGUCAAGUACCAGAGUUCCAUAAAUGAGGCUGCUAAUGCAUUAUUUCGCCAGAUAUUGCAAAUAAACAAUUCUACAACAGCAGAAUCUUCAAUUAAGAACCCUGAUGUUUUCCUUAUUGAUGAUGUUCCUUCUUCCAUUUCAUUUGAUAGCAGUAGUUCAUCCACCCAGGUUUCUAAUGUGACCCUUUCUAUGGUUCCACCGGUUUCUGAGCUGACCUGUAUGGAAGCAGAAUCCCAGUUUCCUAUAAAUUGUAUGCCCAGUAGCAUGUCUGAGGUGCAAUCCUCACCUGCUCUUAUGGGUUUUUGUAAUAGUCAAGGGAUGGAGACAGAAAGCAGCUUAGUGAACCAUGAUCUGAGUGUUGGUGGGGCUGACACUAGGAACAUGGGGGAGAUAGAUAUGGUGUCAACUGUUUUAGAUGAUGUACAUGCCGCAGAAGCUGAUCAUUUUUCACCUGAUGCUGAUGGAUUAUCUAAACUUCCCGGAAUCAACGAUGAAUUCUGGGAACUGUUUUUCAGGCCAAGCCCAAUUACAGGAGACACACAGGAAACUAAAUGUAGCUCUCUAGGAUGUGGUUUACCGGAAGAUCAGGGUUUGCCUUCAGAAAGGGAAAAUAAGCAGGAAAAAAUUGAUAAGAUACAGCAUGUUGACCAUCUUACACAACAGAUGGGACUUCUUACAUCGGAGUCCUAAUUGUGUAUCUACGUUUCUUGCAACUGAAGGUUGAGGUCCUUUGCUGCAGGGAAGUCAAAGCCAUCUUACAUAUACAAAGAAACCUGACAAAUAUCAUCCAGCAACUCGAUCAGUGCCUUUAUCUUGUUGUCAUGUCGUGUGUUCUGUUUGUUAUAGGGAGCUUUAAAACAUAAAGUUUACGAAAGUUCAUAUAUCCCCCAUCAACAGUAUAUUUCUUUUCAACUCUUUACUCCCUUUUCUCAUGCUGCUUGUGGGGGUGUGCUUCGUGACUUAUCUUCAGCUUUUAUAGUUUUUGUUAACACUUGAAUUGCUGGUGAAUGAAUUACUACUGCUUACUGAAGUACGAGUUUAACCCAAUUAAAUAAAAAUGGGGAAAAGUGUAUAUUGUUUCCCUGAA